AUGACUUACGGUGGUAGAGAUCAACAAUAUAACAAGAGUAACUUCAACUCUAGAGGUGGUGACUUCCGCGGCGAAAGAAGCUCCGAUAGAAACUCUUACAAUGAUAGACCACAGGGCGGUAACUUCCGUGGUGGCUUUGGUGGUCGUUCUAACUAUAACCAACCCCAAGAACUAAUUAAACCAAACUGGGCUGAAGAACUACCAAACUUGCCAACUUUCGAAAAGAAUUUCUAUGUCGAACACGAAAGUGUUCGUGACAGAUCCGACAGUGAGAUUGCUCAGUUCAGAAAGGAAAACGAAAUGACUAUUUCCGGCCACGACAUUCCAAAACCAAUCACUUCUUUCGAGGAAGCUGGUUUCCCAGAUUACGUCUUGAAGGAAGUUAAAGCUGAAGGUUUUGACAAACCAACCGGUAUUCAAUGCCAAGGUUGGCCCAUGGCUUUGUCUGGUAGAGAUAUGGUUGGUAUUGCUGCCACUGGUUCCGGUAAGACUCUGUCGUACUGUUUACCAGGUAUUGUCCAUAUCAACGCUCAACCAUUGUUGGCCCCAGGCGAUGGUCCAAUUGUUUUAGUUUUGUCUCCAACAAGAGAGCUGGCCGUUCAAAUUCAAACUGAAUGUUCCAAGUUUGGUCACAGUUCUAGAAUCAGAAACACCUGUGUUUAUGGUGGUGUCCCAAAGAGUCAACAAAUUAGAGAUUUAUCUCGUGGUUCAGAAAUCGUUAUUGCCACUCCAGGUAGAUUGAUCGAUAUGCUGGAAAUCGGUAAGACUAAUCUGAAGAGAGUUACUUACUUGGUUCUAGACGAAGCUGACAGAAUGCUAGACAUGGGUUUCGAACCUCAAAUUAGAAAGAUUGUUGACCAGAUUAGACCUGACAGACAAACUUUGAUGUGGUCAGCCACUUGGCCAAAGGAAGUGAAGCAACUAGCCGCUGACUAUUUGAAUGAUCCAAUUCAAGUUCAAGUUGGUUCUCUAGAACUGUCCGCCUCUCACACCAUUACUCAAGUCGUUGAAGUUGUUUCUGAUUUUGAAAAGAGAGAUCGUUUGAACAAGCACUUGGAAACUGCUUCCCAAGACGACGAAUACAAGACCUUAGUUUUUGCUUCCACAAAGAGAAUGUGUGACGAUAUCACUAAGUACUUGAGAGAGGAUGGAUGGCCAGCUUUGGCUAUUCAUGGUGAUAAAGACCAAAGAGAACGUGACUGGGUUUUGCAAGAAUUCAGAAACGGUAGAUCACCCGUAAUGGUUGCUACAGAUGUGGCCGCCAGAGGUAUUGAUGUCAAAGGUAUUAACUACGUUAUCAACUAUGACAUGCCAGGUAACAUCGAAGAUUAUGUUCAUAGAAUUGGUAGAACUGGUAGAGCAGGUGCUACUGGUACCGCCAUUUCCUUCUUUACUGAACAAAACAAAGGUUUAGGUGCCAAGUUAAUUUCCAUCAUGAAAGAGGCUAAUCAAAAUAUUCCUCCUGAAUUAUUGAAAUAUGACAGAAGAUCCUACGGUGGUGCUCACCCAAGAUAUGGCGGUGGUGGUCGCGGUGGUCGCGGUGGCUAUGGCCGUAGAGGCGGUUACGGUGGUGGUCGUGGUGGUUACGGUGGUAACAACAGACAGAGAGAUGGUGGCUGGGGUAACUCAGGCCGCUCUAACUAUUGA